AUGGCUGAAAGUGACAUAGACAGAACCCAAACUGUCAAACUCCUAAAAAGAGUACAGGAACUGGAGCAGGAGGUACAGAGACUUAAAAAAGAACAGGCCAACAACAAAGACUCAACCGUGAGAGAAAAUUCUUCAGGAGCUAGAAAAGCUAAGCGUGCAUUUGAUUUCAGUGCUCAUGGUCGAAGACAUGUAGCUCUAAAGAUAGCCUAUUUGGGCUGGGGAUACCAAGGCUUUGCCAGUCAGGAAAACACAAACAAUACAAUUGAAGAGAAACUGUUUGAGGCUCUAACCAAGACUCGACUGGUAGAAAGCAGACAGACAUCCAACUAUCACCGCUGUGGGCGAACAGACAAAGGAGUCAGUGCCUUUGGACAGGUGAUUUCUCUUGACCUUCGUUCUCACUUUCCAAAGGACAGGGCUUCAGAGGAUUGUAAUUUAAAAGAUGAAGUCAGUGAUGCUGCUAAAGAGAUCCGCUAUACCCACAUUCUCAAUCGGGUACUCCCUCCAGACAUCCGUGUACUGGCCUGGGCCCCUGUGGAACCUAGCUUCAGUGCUAGGUUCAGCUGUCUUGAGCGGACUUACCGCUAUUUUUUCCCUCGUGCUGAUUUAGACAUUGUGGCCAUGAACGAUGCAGCUCAGAAGUAUGUUGGCACACAUGAUUUUAGGAACUUAUGUAAAAUGGAUGUAGCCAAUGGAGUGAUCAAUUUUCAGAGGACUAUUCUGUCUGCUCAAGUACAGCUAGUGGGCCAGAGCCUGGAUAAGGAGAGAUGGCAAGAACCUUUCCAGUUAUGUCAGUUUGAAGUGAUUGGCCAGGCAUUCCUUUAUCAUCAAGUCCGCUGUAUGAUGGCUAUCCUUUUUCUGAUUGGCCAAGGAAUGGAGAAGCCAGAGAUUAUUGAUGAGCUGCUGAACAUAGAGAAAAAUCCCCAGAAACCUCAGUACAGUAUGGCUGUAGAAUUUCCUCUAGUCUUGUAUGACUGUAAGUUUGAAAAUAUCAAGUGGAUUUAUGACCGAGAUGUUCAGGAGUUCAAUGUUACCCACCUACAACAACUAUGGGCUAAUCAUGCUGUGAAAACUCACAUGUUGUAUAGCAUGCUACAAGGACUGGACUGUGUUGCAGUACCCUGUGGGACAGGACCAGAGAUGGAUGGAAUGAUAGAAUGGAGAAAUGUUAAGCCCUCUGUCAUAAAGCAGACCAGUGCCUUUGUAGAAGGAGUGAAAAUGCGCACAUAUAAACCACUAAUGGAUCGUCCUAAAUGCCAAGGAUUAGAAUCCCGGAUCCAGCAUUUUGUACGUAGGGGACGUAUCGAGCACCCACAUUCAUUCCUUGAGGAAGAAACAAAAGCCAAAAGGGACUGUCAUGAUAUAAUGGAGGAAGAAAAUACUCUUUUGGAGAAACCAACAAAGAGAGUCUGUGUUGAUACAGAAAUUAAAAGCAUCAGUUAACCAUAAGAGAAUCUAGGAGGCAACAAGCAGCUAGUGGUAGGUGGAGAGAAAGAAAUACAAGAAAAUAUGUACUACAAGAAGUCCUAAACAUUCAGAUUAUCAGCUCUUUGAAAAAAUAAAACAAGAAACCCCCCCCAAAAAACCCCAAACCAAAAGAACAUUAAGCCCUGUGAAGGAAGCUCCUACCUGAGUAAGAGAAUUCAAACAUUCUCAUUCCUGUCCAAAAGGAUUAAGAGAUGGAAGAAGCAAAAAGCAAUUGUGAAA